AUGGGUGCUGGUGAGAGACUGAAAAGUCUUAAAAACCAGUACAAACUCCCCUUUAUUUGCAUUCAAGAACCCAAGAGUAAAGCCAAGCACAUCACUAAGUACAUGAUGAGGCUGGGCUACCAAUACUCCCACAACAACCUUAAUAACAAAAUCUGGCUGUUUUGGGAUUCAGCCCUCACUGUUCAUAUUAUUGAUAAUGCUCAGCAGCAUACUACUUGCCACAUUUCUUAUUCUCAAUCAAGCACAAAUUUCUAUCUUACCUGUGUGUAUGCUGAAUGCACCAUUGCUCUCAGGAAACCUCUAUGGGAGGAACUUCAAGUCCUGUCUACCAAGCUGAAGGGACCAUGGGGUGUCAUAGGUGAUUUCAAUGUGAUCACUAGCCCUGAAGAAAAGCAUGGUGGUUUUCAUGGUGCCCAUUACACUUGGUGCAACAACUGGGGGCACCCAAGAACAAUCUGGAAAAGACUCGAUAGAUUGCUCAUCAAUGAAGAAUGGUUUGACCUGUUCAAUGACACCAAAGUAACACACCUGUCGAGAACAGGCUCAGACCAUGCCCCAUUGCUGGUCAAUAUUGAGAAAGUGAGGGUUGACACUGUGAAAUACUUCAAGUUCCUGAACAUUUGGUGCAACCAUAAGGACUUUAUCGACAUAGUCAAAGAUGCUUGGACUAUCAAUAUCCAGGGUUCUGCCAUAUGGAAACUGCAUAAUAAGAUGAAAGCUGUAGCAACUAAACUUAGCACCUGGUCUAGAGAGACCUUUGGAGAUAUUUUUAAGGAUGCCAAGGAGGCUGAGAGACUGGUCACUGAGCUGGAAAAGAAACUUACUGAAAACAAUAAUGAGGAAAAUAGAGCUAAGCUCAACAAGACAAAAGCAGAUUUCAUCAGACUAUUGAAAAAUAAGGAUGAGAUUCACAGGCAGAAGGCUAAGGCUAGGUGGCUACAGGAUGGGGAUAAAAACACUUCCUACUUUCACAAGGUGAUCAAAGACAGAAGAAGGAAGUUGAAUAUCCAAAGCAUACAAGACAAUGAAGGACAGAAGAUUGAAGGACAUCAAAACAUUGCUACAACAGCUAUCAAGCACUUUGAGGAUCUGUUUAGCUAUCAGGAAGUCAAAGGAAAUUUCAAAAUCUUGGAUAUAGUCCCUAAGCUAGUUACAGAAGAGAUGAAUUCAAUGCUGAUAGCCAUCCCAACCCCCCAGGAAGUAGGACAGGCUAUAAAGAACAUUGACCCUGAUAGUUCUCCUGGCCCUGAUGGGUUUGGAGCCAAAUUUUUUCAAGUAUGCAUAGACAUCAUUCUACCUGAAGUACAUGGGGCUAUUAAAGAAUUCUUUGAGGGUGCACACAUGCCAAGGCCAGAUGAUCAAUAA